ACGAAGACACCAUUCGGAGGAAAAUGUCAAAGAUCGAGGAGGCAAACGAGCACAUACGUCAGGCAGAAAAAGCCUUGAAACCUACAUUCUUGAAAUGGCGACCUGAUUACGAGGUAGCAGCUGAUGAGUAUUCACAUGCUGCAACCUGCUUCCGAGUAGCCAAAUCAUAUGCACAGUGUAAAGAUUGUUUAGUGAAGGCAGCCGACUGUUACAAACAAACCAAAGCAUGGUUCCAUGCAGCAAGGUGCAUCGAGCAGGCUCUGCUUGUUUGCAAGGAAAUGGGGAAUUUGUCAGAAGUAUCAAAACUAGCUCACAGUGCUUGUGGCCUUUUCCAGCAGCAUGGAUCUCCUGAAUCAGGCGUUACUGCUCUCGACAAGGCAGCCAAAAUGUUGGAAGCUACACAGCCCCAGCAGGCUCUGGAGCUAUUUAGACGCGCGGUUGAUAUAAUCACGGGCGAGGACAAUCCGCGACACGCAGCGGAAUACAUGAGCAAAGUUGCAAGACUAUUAGUGAAGCUACAGAUGUAUGACGAGGCGGCAGAUGCAAUACGUCGCGAGAUUGGCAUGUAUCAGGAUGUCAAACUUUGGCAGUCGCUUGGAAGGCUUACUGUGGCGUUGGUGUUAGUGCAAUUGGCACGAGGUGAUCAGGUUGCGGCCGAGAAGGCCUUCAAAGAAUGGGGUAACUUCUGCGAAGCCCCUGAAGUGCAAACAUUGGAGAUGUUGCUACAGGCAUACGAUAAUGAAGACGCGGAUGCAGCUCGGGCAGCCCUUAACAGUCCUUUUAUCAAACACAUGGACGUGGAGUACGCCAAGCUAGCGCGAGGUUUACCUUUACCACAACAGGAAUACGCUAUUCCACCUGCUGGAGUAAGAGCCAACGCCGCGGAAUCCUAUGUUUCUCCUAACGCGUCCAAGGCUGGCGGACAGGCUACCGUCGAAGCUGAAGUUAACCACGCAAAGAACGAAGUCAAUGAAUCUAGUCAAUCAAUCGAGAAGAAACCAGAAGUCGCAUCACCGCCAAAACCGACACAAAAACAGGAGGAAGAGGACGAUUAUGAAGGAGGCCUGUGUUAAUCGUCUUUACAUGUAAAAAAUUCCUGUAUUGCUUAUAAACUUUUAAUUGUGUAACGCUUGCAUGUAUAUUGAGCGUUUCAUCGCAUCGAAACACAUUAUUCGCUUCAAAAGAAUUUGUCUUUCAGCUUAACUUUUAACAGAAAUCUAACUGUCAGAAUUAUUAGAAGGCAAUGCAAAAAUGUGGAAAGGGAUAACGAUCUGUAUCUUUUUUUAUAUUUUAAAUUUUUAUUCACACAAAUAUGU